AUGGCCGGCAGGCCCGCCCUGUGGCUGGGCCCUCUGCUCCUGCUCUCCCUCUGGGCGUCCUUGGCUCCAGCCUCCCUCCUGAGACGCCUGGGGGAGCACAUCCAGCGGGUUCAGGAGAGCUCGGGCCUGAGCCUGACUUCGAGCCCAGGGGCUGGGGCCCUCCCGAAACAGGGGUGGCUGGAGCAGCCGCUGGACCCCUUCAACACGUCCGACAGGCGAUCCUUCCUGCAGCGGUACUGGGUGAAUGACCGGCACUGGGCCAGCCCGCGGGGACCCGUGUUCCUGCAUCUGGGCGGCGAGGGCAGCCUGGGGUCGGGCUCCGUGAUGAGAGGGCACCCUGCGGUGCUGGCCCCAGCCUGGGGGGCCCUGGUGAUCGGCCUGGAGCACCGGUUUUACGGCCUGAGUGUGCCCGCUGGGGGCCUGGACGUGGCCCAGCUCAGCUUCCUGUCCAGCCGGUUCGCGCUGGCGGACGUGGCCUCGGCCCGCCUGGCACUCGCCCGCCUCUUCAACGUGUCCGUCUCCAGCCCCUGGAUCUGCUUCGGAGGCUCGUACGCCGGCUCCCUGGCCGCCUGGGCCAGGCUGAAGUUCCCCCACCUCAUUUUCGCCUCGGUGGCCUCCUCCGCUCCGGUGCGGGCCGUGCUGGAUUUCUCGGAGUAUAACGAGGUGGUGUCCAGAAGCCUAAUGAGCUCGGCUGUCGGCGGAUCCCCCGAGUGCCGGGCAGCGGCGUCCGCAGCCUUCGCGGAGGUGGAGCGGCGGCUGCGCGCGGGCCCGGAGGCUCGCGGGGCGCUGCGGGCGGAGCUGGGCGCCUGCACGUCGCUGGACCGCGCGGAGGACCAGGCGGAGCUGCUGGGGGCGCUGCAGGCGCUGGUCGGGGGCACCGUGCAGUACGACGCGCAGGCGGGAGCGCCGCUGAGCGUGCGGCGGCUCUGCAGACUCCUCCUCGAAGGCGGGAGCAACCGCAGCCUCUCCGCGCCCUACCACGGGCUCCGGCGGGCAGUGCAGGUUGUCAUGCACAGCCUGGGCCAGCGGUGUCUAAGCUUCUCCCGAGCAGAGACAGUGGCACGACUGAAGGCCACAGACCCCCAGGUGUCCGGUGUGGGUGACCGGCAGUGGUUGUACCAGACUUGUACGGAGUUCGGCUUCUAUGUCACCUGUGAGGGCCCCAGAUGCCCUUUCUCCCGGCUCCCUGCACUGCCCUCCCAGCUGGAGCUCUGCGAGCGGGUGUUCGGUCUCUCCACUUCAUCCGUCGUGCAGGCUGUGGGCCAGACCAACUUGUACUAUGGUGGCCAGACCCCCAGGGCCACCCAGGUGCUGUUCAUUAAUGGGGACACAGACCCCUGGCACGUGCUGAGUGUAACACAAGCCUUGGGACCCUCGGAGUUAGCCCUUCUCAUCCCCGGUGCCUCCCACUGCAUGGACAUGGCCCCAGAGAGGCCCUCAGACUCCCCUAGCCUCCGCCUAGGGCGCCAGAGCAUCUCCCAGCAGCUGCAGAUCUGGCUUGGACUGGCAAAGCAGAGCUUUGUAAGCAGUGGGGGCUGAGGGGCCCAUACCCUCGCCUCUCCCUGGGUGGCCGCCUCGGUCCUGGACGGACUCACCAGAGGAAGCAAGCAGCUCAUGGGGAAGGAGGA